UAGAAAAGCAAUCAUUAGCUUUAAAAGAAUGCAAUCAUAGGCAUAAAUAAGUCAUACUGGGUUUAAGAUAAUAUUUGCGAGUUAUUAACUUUUAUCAAUCAAUUUUUGGAUUCUUUUUUUGAAAAGAUUACAGCACAUUAAACCAUCAAAAGAAUGGCAAUGGAGUAUUGUGAUCCGUGUAGAAAUCGUUCCAGAUCUAUAACAGCUUCCUUCUGGUGCCCGUUUUGUCGCGAGGCAUUUUGUAAGGUAUGCUGCCAGUUCCACAAAACCAUGAAGUUGACGAAGACCCAUCAAGUACGACCAAUAGCCGACAUGUCGUCGUACGAGCGGGAGCAUCGUGGGGAGGUUACAUACAACCUGGAAAGUGCACUUAAUGACGUCAAUUUUAAUGAGAAAACACAGCUCCGAGAGAUUGACAAUAUUUUGGUGGUAAUGGAUAGUCUGAGUGACACUGCUUUGACACUGAAGAAAAUGUUCUUUGAUCUGAAAAUGCAGAACGAAUCGGAGAAAGUUGAUUGUCUGAGAAAAGCGUCAUUGUUUCGUGAUCGCCUGAAACAGUUGGCAGAUGACUUUGAAGGACAUAUAGCUGCAGAACUUGAGUAUACACAACAUGCAGAAAGUCUACAGAUUGAAUCUAAAAUAGAAGAAUGCGAUAAUAUAUUUAACGCCAUUGAGAUGUCCAAAGAUCUGACACAGAGUAUGAAAUCUGAAUAUAUUACUCCACAGACCAUUCACAAAGUGAACGCGGCACGUCAACGCUGUUUGGAGUACAAAUAUUCCCUCCAACGUGUCCACAGCAGGCUGCAGCCCGUCCAUUACGACCUUGCUAUAGACAGGAAUGUAAACGACGCUUUAAACACCACACCAGGGGUAAUCGGCAAAGUAGAAGUCAGUCAUGAAAACGACGAUAUCAUUGAGGAUCGACACACAAAGCCAGACCAAUCAAAAGGAAGGCGUGGAAGCAGUGUGUCCACAACAAGCAGUAGAAUGACGGCAGUGUCCCGACCACAGUCUUUCAAAACGUUAAGUUCUGAGCAUGCGCAGAAACUGCACGAUAUCCGACUUCAUCGGAAAGACGACCAGGACGAGCCAAUGAUCGCCGCUAUAUGCACCCUCAACAACAACCACUUUCUAACGCUUGAUCGGAACAAUAAUAAAAUGUUGCUGGUACACAACGACGGUGUUAUCGUCACCCAGUACGUGUUUACAAGCCAAAUAUGGGACAUGACUCUUAUUGAUUCAUUGACUGCAGCAGUUACCGUUCCUGACAAUGACAAAAUUGUUCUUGUAAAGGUCAGAAAUAACAAUCUUUGCGCAGAGCGGCUGAUCAAAACCAGCAACAUAUGCUACGGAAUCUGUACGAUAGAGGGCUUUAUAGUUGUUACCGUCAAAGGUGGGUACGUUAAAAUCGUCACAAAAGCCGGAGAGGAGGUUGCAUCAUUGAGACACAAUCAGCGCGGUGAAAUCCUCUUUACUGACCCUCAACACGUACAAACAAACCGAGACCAGAACGAACUGUACGUCACAGACUAUACGUUACACACCGUGACCGGUCUUAUUCUAACCGGCGUGAAAAUUGAUUCUCAACCGAAAUUCAUUUUCAGAAACAACGAACUCAGGAACCCAACAGGACUGUGUCUUGAUAUACAUGGACACAUCUACGUGUGUGGUUACUCCUCACACAACGUCGUGAAGCUGUCUCCUGAGGGAGUUUUGCUUCUUGUUCUGCUGUCUGGAGUCAUCAAUCCAAAAACCGUGUCCCUCUCUGCCAUGGAGGACAAGAUGUACGUUUCCUCUUUGAUAACAGGCGGCGGAAGAUCCAAGCACAUGCAAAACGUCAUCGAGGUUUUCAAAUUAUGACGUUGUGUGCUUUGAAACUAACAGUUGCAUCGUUGAAAUAUCAAUACAAGACAAGCAUUGAAGUCGCAAUGGCCUUGAAAUAUAUCCAGCGGAUAUAAAACACAGCCGGAACUCUAUUUGUCGAAUUUCGUUUUGUCGAUGUUCUGGCUAGGUCGAACUUUCUUAGAAUGUGUUGGGUUUAGUUAUUUUCUUUUUGUAUUCCAGUUCAAUCGAAUAUUCGUUAUCUCGAAGUAUUUUCCGAUGUCCAAACUACUUCGAGAUAGCGUAUUUUGAUUGUAUAUAUGACCAUAUACGCUUUGAAAGAUUGCAAAGACUAAGUUGUGCAAUAUUCUCGUAUGUAAGUAAUUUUCUUACUUAUUAUAUGUCUGCACAAUUAUAUAAUGUCAUUGUUUUGUGUUGCGCAUGAUGUAAU